AUGGCUCAAAUAUUGGAUCUAUUUCAUAUUUUCCCCAAAGAAAAUGAAGUUUAUCAUAAGAUUUUACCACGCUUUAAACAACUGUAUGCUGAAGUAGGAAAAUCGAUCGAAGGUCUAGAUAUGGAUCAUAUGCAUGCCGUGCUUAAGAAAUGGCCGGUCAGUGAUGGCAGCAACAAAAAUAUAUCAUUUUUCCUUAAAACCUGCCAACCCAAUGAGAUGAUGGCUCAAAUAUUGGAUCUAUUUCAUAUUUUCCCCAAAGAAAAUGAAGUUUAUCAUAAGAUCUUGCCACGCUUUAAACAACUGUAUGCUGAAGUUGGAAAAUCGAUUGAAUUCAGUCCUAAAGCUUAUAAAUUUGACGGAAAUGUAGAUAAGGAUUAUGUUCUCCUCGAAGAUUUGCACAUUAAAAAUUAUAAAAAUGCAAAUCGCAUCGAAGGUCUAGAUAUGGAUCAUAUGCAUGCCGUGCUUAAGAAAAUGGCUGAAUAUCAUGCCGUUUCAGCAUGUUAUGUGGAGAAAUAUGGUUCAUAUGGGGAAGAUUUUAAUGUGGCCGUUUUCUCUGAAAAGAAUCGUGAACUUUUGACGAAUUUCAAUAAAUCAACGGCAUUUCUAACGCAAUUGAAAAAGUGGCCAAAUUGCAGGGGCUACUAUGAGAAAUUGGCAGACAGUGAUGAUUAUUUGGUUAGUCGCUUGCUGGAGGAUCAACGUGUCAAUGCUGGAGAAUUCAAUGUUCUCAAUCACGGCGAUUGCUGGGCCAAUAAUAUCAUGUUCCAGUAUGACGCGUUUGGAAAAAUCAAAGAUAUACUUUUUGUGGAUUUUGCUUUGGGCAAAUACGGCUCACCGGCAAAUGAUUUAUAUUACUUUAUAUUGUCUUCAUGUUCGGCUGAUAUCAAACUAGCGCAAUUCGAUUAUUUCAUUCGGUUUUAUUAUGGUCAUUUAGUGGAAAAUCUCAAGUUGUUGCAGUACGCCCGGCCGUUGCCCAAGCUAAUAAACAUUCAUGGAUCGUUGCUGAAAAAUGGUUUAGCUGCUUAUAUGGUUGUAUCCAAAGUCUUGCCAGCUGUAAUCUUGGACAAAUCAGAGGAAUCCAAUUUGGAAAACUAUACCAAUGAAAACUCAAAAAUGGUUCAGUCUAUGUUUAAUAAUCCCAAAUAUGUUAAACAAAUGUUGAAUAUUUUACCAUGGCUAGAUAAUCGUGGUCUGUUAGAUUGGAAGUGA